CUACAGUCAGCCGUUCAGCGUGGACGACGGGCGUCCGGGCGUUAAAAACUACGAUGUUUCUCCGGCGAACCAAUUCGGUAGUGUUACUGAUAUUUGGAUGUCUACUAAUUAUAGAUGGCCACGAGGAAAAAAAUCGCACCAAACGUGGACGGAAUGCGCGGACAUCGAACACCCCGCAAACGAGUGCCGAACCCAGCCAAGAUCUCGACACCAAAGGCAACAACGAGCAGGAUGUGCCCGUAAUACCGCCCGGUUUUUUGAGCCCAUCCGUGCAGGAGUAUCUGGAGCUGGGCAAAUCCAUUCCAGGCCGACCAGGAACUGACUACCCAAUUCUGGCCACCAUCCCGUACACCAACUUCUACUGCGACGAGCAAGAAUAUCCGGGCUUUUUCGCCGACAUGGACACGAGAUGUCAAGGAUGGCAUUAUUGCGACAUCGAUGGACGGCAAGCGACGUUCCUCUGUCCGAACGGUACGCAAUUUUCGCAAGCGGUGUUCGUGUGCGACUGGUGGUUUAACGUGCGCUGUGAUCUUUCGCCCCGGCUGUACUCGAUCAAUGCCCGGCUCUACCAGCGGCCCAAGUUCAAUCCGACGCAACCGCACCGAGUCAUCACACGGCAGCUGGUGGACGAGAUUUUUAACGUCUAGAGAUGCCGCAUGCGUGUGCUAAAUACCUUCACUAUUUAUUUUAUAGUUGUGCUAGUGUGUAAG